ACAUCCUCCGUUUCACUUGGUGCCCCCUUGCCCUACGCAGCCAAACUCUGUCCUGUUUUUCUUCUGCCCACUUAUUUUUGCAUGGUAAAGCAAUCAGUUAAAACUUAAUAUCUCCAAACUCCAAAAGAAUUACGGAAAUGGCCAACAUGGUUCAGAGAGGUAUUCAGUCUUUGAGAACUGCUCUUGGCUGUUCCAAGUUUGGAGCUUUCCGGUACUACACACCUCCUGUUUCAUCUUCCCUGCAGCAAGUUUAUGAGCCACCUGCCUACAGGUAUGCCUGCGUUCUCAGCUGCAAUUGCAUUCAGCUUUCCUUUUUUGUUUUGUUUAAUAAAAUUAGGAUUUGGACUUCAAAGCUUGGGAUGAGUGGAGAAGGAUUGAAGAAAGAGGAGGGCUAUCCUUGUUCUAUAGCCCAUACUCAAUGCAUCAAAGCUGCAAAUGCAUGUGAUGAUGAGUAUGCAAGCCUGGAUUGGGAUAAUCUUGAAUUUGGUCUCAUGCCAACGGAUUACAUGUAUAUGAUGAAAUGUUCCAAAGAUGAGAAUUUCAAACAAGGGCAGCUUAGUCGCUUUGGCAACAUAGAAUUAAGCCCUUCAGCUGGAGUCUUAAAUUAUGGACAGGGCAUCCUAGAAGGGACAAAAGCAUACAGGAAGGAAAAUGGAAGCCUUCUCCUCUUCCGUCCAGAUCAGCAUGCCAUCCGUAUGAAGAUUGGUGCUGAAAGAAUGUGUAUGCCUUCUCCCUCCAUUGGGCAAUUUAUUGAUGCAGUGAAGCAAACUGCUUUCGCUAACAAACGAUGGGUUCCUCCUCCAGGGAAAGGGUCUUUGUACAUGCGGCCUUUGCUCAUAGGAACUGGUCCUAUAUUAGGCCUGGCUCCAGCAACCGAAUACACAUUUCUUGUUUACGCUUCCCCUGUUGCCAACUAUUUCAAGGGUGGCAUGGCACCUCUGAACUUUUACAUUGAGGAUGAAUUUACUCGUGCCUGUCCCGGGGGUGCUGGAGCGGUUAAAAGUAUCUCUAAUUACGCACCGGCAUUGAAAGCACUACUUAGGGCAAAAGAUCGAGGUUUUUCUGAUGUCUUGUACCUUGACUCAGUAAAUAAGAAAUUUUUGGAGGAAGCCUCUGCUUGUAAUGUCUUCAUAUUGAAGGGAAAUCUAAUUUCAACUCCAGCUACAAAUGGGACAAUUCUAGCAGGGAUAACUCGAAAAAGCAUCAUCGACAUUGCUCGUGAUCUUGGUUACCAGGUCAAGGAACAAGCCAUUUUGGUAGAUGAACUGCUUGAUGCCGAUGAAGUAUUCUGCACUGGAACUGCCAUAGGCGUUGCUCCGGUGGGCGGUGUCACCUACCAGGGUAGAAGAAUUCAGUUCAGAGUGGAUAAUGAUUCUGUAUGUCAAGAGUUGCACACAACUCUAGUCGGCAUACAAACAGGGCUCAUCGAGGACAAGAAAGGUUGGACUGUUGAGAUCCAUUAACUAUGAAUGACUGGCAUGUUGACCAAAAAAGUAUUAAAUAAAAGUGCUAUAUGCUUUUUCAAGCUUUUGGAUAUAUAUGCCAAGGGAUAGUGGUGUAGUGUCCAAAUUUGUGAACUCCAUCUAUAUUGUAUUUUCAUGACGCAUUUCGUCUGUAUUAUUUAUUUUAUUGGAAAAUAAAGUGGAGUUUGUUAU